CUUCACUUAACACCCUCGACACCUUCACUUACAGCAAGUACAAGACCAACACAACUCAUCUAUAAUCUAAAUACCUGCCUCAAAACAACUCAUCAGGAGCGUAAAUCAAAGCACGCGAUGCCACCGAAGCGGAAAGCAGCAGGGAGCAGCGCCGCCAAAGACGCCCUCCCCAAGGAGCGGCAGUCGAAGCUCGCGAAAGAGCACAACAUCUCGGCGCGCGAGGAGCGCGAGAUCAAAGAGGCGUUCGCGCUGUUCGCCGAGCCCAUGGACGGCGAGAAGGAGGGCGUGAUACCCACCAAGGACGUCAGACGGGCCAUGGUCGCCCUCGGCCUCCCGCCCAGCAAAGCCGAGCUGAAAGAGUUCCUCUCGAUCAUGGACCCGGACGACGACGGCCACGCGACGUACGAGCCGUUCCUCGCCAUCUGCGCGCUGAAGCUGCACGCGCGCGCCGACGGCGACGGGCCCGACUCGGCAGAGGUGGACGAGGCGUUCCGGCUGUUCACCGGUGCCGGGGGUAAUGCUAAUCCUGGCGUCGGCGACGCAGCAGUAGAGCUCCUCACGCUCGCCCAUCUCAAGCGCAUCGCCAUGACUCUCAAACAGGACGUCGACGAGGCCCUGCUGCGCGACAUGGUCCUCGAGGCGAACGGCGGCGCCGGUGUCGGGCGGGGCGUCUCGAAGGCCGAGUUCGAGGAGGUCAUGCGCAGAGCCGGUGCUUGGAAGUGAGUGAGUGGGCGAUAGCGACGUUUCUUGAGUAACUAGGUUUUUAUUCUUCCGACCUAGGAAUGCCGCCGCCCCUACCUCAUUCUAUAUUAAGGCGUCCAGUCAAGACGGAUUAGAGCGAAGAUCAUGCUGUCUUUCGAUGAGCGAGGCGGCGCGAAGGCAGCGCCCCAAGAUGUGGCUAGUUGGCUAGCUACAUGGCAGAGGCACACAUCUUUAGCUAAACUGACAUCAGCCGCGUCGGGACAACUGUAAUUUAUCAGCUACCACACAAAAUCCAUAGCUCUGAGGCAUGGUCGGAGAGGUUAAAGUGCGAACAACAGCGAAGGUCAGGUUUGCCGUUCAGGGCGAUGGACUCGAUGGUAGGAUAUAGGCCGGAAGUACUCCAUCGAUGAUCCUGGUCCUUGGGCUGCCCACAAUGCGAAUAAGGCUCCUCCCAUCGAACCAAAUUAAUAGGUACUACAACAGCUAUAGACGACGGCCAGAUAUCUCGGGAGAAAGGUGAUUUCACGUAAAAUUGUGGAACACCGUGGAGUAGACAUAUCCUAAUGGAUGCAAGUCCCAUGAACGUUGGAUCACACAACACCAAUAUACAUAUAUCACUCUCCCUAUGG